CAUCGAGUUACCUGAGCCUCACGAAAAUCCAAGCAAAGGAAAUAUGGAUCAGUUUGUGGUUGGCUAUGAGUAUAUAUUCAGUUAUGGACUGCAAUAUUUCAAAGGUCAUGUCAUCUUCAAUGAAUAUGAAUCAAAGUAUUACUUCAAUAACGAAGAAGAGGAGGCAAUUAUGUCAGCCGACGUAUGUGUUGAAAAAAGUGGAGAUGGAUACAAGCUAAUUGGGUUUGACAAUGUAGGAGCCAUCUCCCAUGUUUCACCAGAUGUCAAUUGGAUUAAAAAUAAUAUCGUGGACAAUGCAGUAAAAGCCAAUAUUCAAUCUCAUUACCAGUGUUUUAAAAGCUGUUAUGAAGAAUUUAUUAAAACAGCAAAUAAUUAGGCUUUUGUGACUCCGUUGGAAGAUUUUUCAGCCUAACUUAUUUUGAAAUAAAAUUUUUUUUCACAUAUAUACAGUUAUCGAGUUGAUAAAAAUCAUAAAAUUUUAACUUUGUAUACCUCGUGUUUAACGUCAACUUUGAUACGGAAUGUGCGAAAAAAUUGUAAAAAAAUAUUUACUACGCUUGACAUAAUGAAAAAGGCUAUUAAAACAAAUAUGUUUAUGAUGU